GUCCAUUAAAUUGCCUGCCCUGAAGUUGUCUGGAGAGUGUAGGUCGAGUCUGGCUGCGGUAAAUGGGUCGACAUGAGGACGAAUCCCAUUUGAUCAGGUGCUUUACACUCCGUGACAGCAUGUCAGUGUUACAGUUUAACGUUACACUGUAAACGAUGCGGAGUGAUCUGUUGGUCACGCGUGGGUCGUGGGAUCAGUCGUGUCUUACAGGCGGGGAGUAUUAUUAGCCCUUCAGACAACUGUCUCUCUGGUAACCACACAUUCUUAAUGUGAUCUUACUUGAAAUAUAUUGAAGCAUCGCUGUCCAGAGUCAUCUUUGUACGGUUUCUCAUGCCGGCUGUCCUGUACCGCUCCACCUUCACUCUGUCAGCACAGCUAUGCCUCACACUCUCAAAGUAUCCAAAAGAUCAACACGUGCAUCUUCAAAGCAAAAUGUAAGAGGGGUGAAAGCUUUCAUGACCACAAGGCAAACGGUCAACUCACUUAAAGCUAAUGACUCGGCCACGUUAAGGUGCAAGGAUGAGAUCAGAAAGUCCACAAUCAAGAAACAGGCAGUCAAGAGGGGCCAGCGGAGCGCUGUCAGGAAACCUGGCAAGCGGAGAGGAGUCAAGAAUGUCACUGUUGUCAAAGGAUCCAUGCACACGCGUGGUUCUUUGAAGCGAAAUGGCUUGUUGUCAAAACCUAAUAGCCAAGGGAAGUCACCUGGGAACAGUCUUUUGUGUCAGAGCGCCCUACGGGACGUCAAGUCUUGCAGGAGGCCGGUUAGAGGCGGAAGAGGAGGUCAGAAGAUCAGGGAACAGGAUACUGAUACUAAAAGGUCAGAAGCUCAUGAUGGCCAACAAAUAAGAGCUCUUAUCCCUACUGGAGAGGAGCUGAGCGUUAACAUCGGCUCUGCGGAGGAGCACAGAGAGACUCUUGUUCACAACGCUGACAAGGCAAAGAAGCCGAAAGCAAACAUAGAAAACUGCUCCGCUCCUCCGGAACAGCCGAAUGUGGCACUUGUUGAGCCGAGUGACUUUAUGAAUCAUGACCCUGUCAGUAACGUGGACUUUGCCUAUGACAACAAUACCUCAGCAGCUCCCUCCCCUUUGCAGGCUGAUAAGUACAUUUCAGGUCAGGCUAAGGAGGUCAACGAAAUCGUUGAACCAUGCACAGACUUUCCAGACAGUUGUGUUCAGACCACUCUAGAGCAUCUUACAGAAGCAGGUGAGACUGUGGUUUCCCAACUGGGCCAAUCCUCCAAAGUACCAGCAGCACUUGAAAACAUUGCAGAUGCUCACCAGGUGGAAAAAACUGAGCUUCAAAGUACUGUAGACGUGGACACCAAAGACGAAACUGAUGAUGUUGAAAUGUCAAUGAAGAAAGAGGGAGCUCUUUCUCUCCUCUCGUUGAGCGCAACUAUUUUCAACGGCGCCCUUUGUGAUACGAACUGUGGGCCUCAGGCAACAACAUCUUUCAGCACACUCUCCAGCAGCACGGAGAGCACCCAGUCCUCAUUUGACAGUGACUCGAUUCUGGAGCACAGAUCCUCAGGAAACUCUCAUUUCCAGGCUGAGGAUAUCCAGCUGCUUAAAAAGAAGAAAAAGAGAAAUCAUUGUGGAGUUUGCGUUCCCUGCCUGCGCAAGAUGAACUGCGGGGAAUGCAGCAGUUGCCUGAACCAAAAAACGAUCUGUAAACGAAGGAAGUGUAUUGAGCUAAGGAGGAAGCCCCUGGAGAUCUGCACUGGAGAGGUUGACUCAGACGGCUACUCAGUAAAUGGCACAGGUUCAGAGCAGAUGGAGGAGACAAGUGUGGCACCAGAGGAAGAGGCUCAUUACAUAUCCCUAACACACAAUGUUCCACCCGACGUUCCUACGUCUUUACAGCAUGGCUUAAAACCGGCACCUCCUGUAAAGGAGUCCUGGACCACUCACAACAUCUCUAAAAAUGGUGCUGAACAAAUGAAACCAAACACUGAGAAACAUGUGCGCCAUACUGACCCGCAAGCCAUGUCUCGUAGAACUACAACUUUGUUUAACAAAUCCCACGGACCCGAGAUGCUUAAAGACAAGAUGAUUCCUCUGAAGAGGAUCAAAUUGGAGGAGCAGUGUGUGGAGAUUGAUAACCAGUCCUCGAAGCACUUAGAGACUAGCGUCAACUAUGAGGAUGCUUUAUCCACACUAGCAGCUGUAGUUUGCUUCUCUGGUAUGGAUAGGGAAAGUCUUGAGGAGAAGCUUUUUGGACCCCUAAAAUCAGAGCCGAAAGAAGAACCUUAUCAGUGUCAGUUGAAUCAAGAAGAUCCUCCCCAAAAAGGUGUCAGUGUCCGAUCUCUUGUCCAACACCGGAAUAUUAGCCCUGAUCAGGCUUUAGCUAUCGAGGCCUUGACCCAACUGGCAGCAACCCCACAAACAGUGCCCUUGGAACCCGAAAACCAGAGACAGGGCUCUACGCAUUUCGCUUCAAGCGACCACAUACCUCUUCGAGAGGCUAAAUCGGCUUCAGAUGGUUUCUCCAACAAAGUCUCGGUAAUCAGUUCAUCAUUGCACCAGACAUCUGUCAUCCGCAGCACUUUGAACAGACAGGCCAACUUCGCUCAUCACUGUGCAUCCACCCCCAAAAAACUUUCCUUAAAGGAUCUUCUGGCGGCCAGUUCAGAAUGUGAAAAGCUAUCAUAUACCACAGAGAACCGAAGAUACGACCAAGCACUUUGUAAAGCUGACAGGUUAGAAGGCACUUUUAAGAAAUACAAGCAUGGUGAGGGAACGUCUAUCUCGAGAAGAAGAGAUGAAGAGGAAGUUGCUGCCCAGUUGGUGCAACUCGCAUUCAUCAUCGAAUCCAGGCAGAUGCAAGUCUCUGAAAACAGUCCCAUGAAAUACAAUCAGAACUUUUUGGGACAGCACUUGAAAAAGCAAAGGAAGACGACAUCAAAACCCCGGGUAUCAAAGAAGAAAACUGGUGAGGUUGAUGGUAACCACGGCAAGAUUUCCAGAAAAACACCCAACAGACAAACCCCGUUCAAGGCCACCAUUCAGAAAGCCAUUUUGCAACAAAAGAUGAGGUUUCAGGACAAGAGGAGUCCAUUUCUUCCACAAGCUCAAAUAGAUCUUAAAAAAUACAUAGCUGAGGCUCAACACGAAAACAGGCAACUCUUAUACUCUAUAAAGAAAGAGCACUUAAGCCCCGCUAAACAGAAUGGCUUUAAAUAUGAGAAUGAAGCUCAAACUGACUUGGGGGUGUCACAGCCAAAUGGACUCUUACACAAUCGUGCAAACAACCAUCUAGGUGCUAGUCAACUGCAGAGGCAUGAAUGUGAACAACAAAUGAUUUCUCAGGUAUCGAAAACCUACGACGUGCUAAAUCACGGUGCUAACCGACAGCCUCAGCACACCACGCCCAGCGUUCCCUGUAAAGACUCGCUGCACACCACGGGGAUAUACAAUAAAGCAAACAGCUUUAACUCUGAUCAUCAAUACUUGCACACAAAUCAAAAUGGGUAUUACAGGGUGGAAAAAUCUGGUGGUGUGACAGUGUUGUCCACACCCACUGUAAAUUUGGAGCACACUGGAGACCAAACACCCACCAAGCAUACUCUCAACAGCUUUUUGGAAUCCCCGAUGAAAUUCUUAAACACACCAACCAAGAAUCUUCUCAACACCCCAUCUAAACAACUAACAGAAAUGCCUUCCUGCGACUGUGUAGAGCAAGUUAUUGAAAAAGAGGAGGGUCCGUACUACACGCACCUUGGAUCUGGACCGAAUGUAGCGGCGGUGAGAGAGAUGAUGGAGAGCAGGUAUGGUGAGACGGGCAACGCGGUCCGGAUGGAGGUCGUGGUCUACACUGGCAAAGAAGGUCGGAGCUCACAAGGCUGCCCAAUCGCCAAGUGGAUUAUUCGGCGGGAAAGCAAGGACGAGAAGCUGCUGUGUCUGGUGCGACAACGUGCCGGUCACUGUUGUCAGAACGCAGUGGUGGUCAUUUUGAUUUUGGCCUGGGAGGGCAUCCCUCGCACUAUGGCGGACAACCUGUACCAGGAUCUCACGCAGACUCUCUGUAAAUAUGGCUUGCCCACUGAUCGCCGCUGCGGCCUCAAUGAAUAUCGCACCUGUGCAUGCCAAGGCCUGGACAAAGACACCUGUGGUGCCUCCUUUUCUUUUGGUUGUUCCUGGAGUAUGUACUUCAACGGCUGCAAGUUUGCACGGAGCAAAACGCCCCGGAAGUUCAAACUACAAGGAGACUACCCAGAAGAGGAGGAAAAGUUGGAGAAACAUUUGAUGAAUUUGGCAACAGAUCUGGCACCCGUGUACAGAAAACUUGCUCCUAAAGCCUUCCAGAACCAGAUUGAGCAGGAGCAGAUGGGUCAGGACUGUCGACUGGGCAGGAGGGACGGUCGCCCGUUCUCUGGUGUGACGGCAUGUGUGGACUUCUGUGCUCAUGCUCACAAAGACACCCAUAACAUGACCAAUGGAAGCACUGUGGUAUGCACUUUAACCAAGGAGGACAACCGUGCCGUACGGAACAUUCCAGAGGACGAGCAACUGCACGUCCUGCCUCUCUAUAAGAUAUCUGACACAGAUGAGUUUGGCCGCGUUGAGGGCCAUUGGGCUAAAAUUAAGUCCGGGGCGUUGCAGGUCCUCUCUGCUUUCCCAAGAGAAGUGCGAAUGUUGUCCGAGCCCGUCAAGUCAUCCCGCAAGAAGAGGCUUGAAGCUAAAAGAGCCCAUGCGGAGAAAAUUCGAGCUUUGGACAACAAGCGGGUCACCCCUGUGAAAGUGAAGAGCGAGACUCCUAAAGGUGUCAAACAUUCACCAGGUUUGGAAAAGGAAACUCAAAAUCUACGUUCCACCAUUCAAUUGCCUAGGGUUCAUGAAAUAGGAAGCCAGUUUCCCGACUUUCACUCUUCUAGUCCAUACACCCAGAGAAGCUCGUGCCCCACACCUCCUGUGACCUCCAAUGGUGUUAUAACCACACAGUCCUCCUCACCUUACUCCGCGUUUUGUGAAACCCAGCAUGUUUCUUUUGGAAGCAAUAGUCCAGGACUGGAGACCAUCAGGCAGAUCUCUGAAGAUGCUUCUGAGCAGAAACCAUUCAGAAACCAGCUUUUUAUAAAUUCGAAUUCCCAAAAUCCCUCCCCCUCGUUCAAAUGCGAACCCGAGGAGACGCGGUGCUUCCAGGGUGGGGCGGCUCCGACAUUGCGCUCCCCACCGAUGGCUGAAGGUCUUCACAGUCGUUUGAACUGUACCCCUAGAGCUCAGCCAGGCCUUGAUGAUCACCACAACCCACCUGUUACCCCAGAAGACGUUAAAGCGGAGGAGGUGUGGUCAGACAGCGAGCACAAUUUCCUUGACGGUAAUAUAGGCGGCGUCGCGGUGGCUCCGUCCCACGGUUCGGUCCUAAUCGAAUGCGCUCGACGAGAGCUGCACGCGACCACGCCGAUCCUACGACCCGACCGUACGCACCCCACCCGCAUCUCCUUGGUCUUUUACCAGCACAAGAGCCUAAAUGCACCAGGCCACGGCCUGCAACAGUGGGAAGCUAAAAUGGCCGAAAAGGCCAGGGAGAAGGAGGCGGAGCUUGUGGGACUUCAUAAAACUUCAAAGGAUUCCAGUACAGAGAGUGAAGACGAGUAUGAGGCUUAUCAGAAUCAGAGACACAAGCUUCAUGUCCCCACCCGUCAGUCGCUUACUGCUACACGGGACGGGGUCAUAACGUCAGCCCCGUAUUCCCUCACACACGUCACUGGGCCUUACAACCGCUGGACGUGACAUUUUUACAUGCUUUUUUAGCUAAUGCCUUACCUCAGCUAGUUCUCAUCCUAUCACUUCUUUUUAUAUGUGUGUGCCCUCUUUGAGUUGUGCUCUUUAUGUGGACUUUUACAAUGAAAUCGACGACCGUUUGUGGGUUUUUAACUGUGAGUUUUGGCGUGUACGUCUGUUUUUUAUUGUUUUAAAAGAUGGUGCUCGGAACAGAUGUUAUAAAGCUGGUUUUAUACGUAUAGAUGAAAUUAGCGCAUAGAAGAUGUGAUUAUUUAUUCUGAACAGUUUCAAAACUAUUUUGUAAUUUAAUUUCUGGUCCAAGCCUGUUUACUGCAAUAGGAUUAUGUCAUCCUUUAAAUGACGUGUGUAGUAAACACUCCGAAUUGACAUUGUCAAAUGUGAAUUCAGUUUUCUUAUUUCAGCCUCGGGUGCUCUAGUAGAUGCUACUUUAUGGUGCCAUUUUAGCAGUAGGAUUAAAGUAAAAAUACAUUGGUCAUUUUGAGAACAUUUUACAUUAGGUUUUUGGUCAUGUAUUUAAAUUACAGUUAGCUUUGGCUGUCUUAAGAUUUUUCUGAGUAAGGAAGGUACAUUGUUUUCACAUUGUGAAACAUGUAGCCUAGUUUCAAGUACUACACAUCCUUCAUAAAAGCACUUUGUAUCUUCAAAGCAAAUUGGUCUUUAAAGUUUCCGAUAGGCCUGUUUGGUUUUCAUCAUCAAGUGUCUACAAAGUUUGUUUGUUUUUUUUGUCUGCAACUCAGUUAUGAUUGUGAAACUUUGCAUAUGUGAGCAAUAAUCAUAGAGGGUUUUGUGCUGCAUUUCGACAACAUGUCAAAUAUUUAAACAAAUGUAAAAGAUAUAAUAUGUUACCAUGUCUGUGAAGUCCAGGCUAAAGUCUCAUAAUCUAUUUAUUACAGAUUAGGAGCAUUAUUGAUUUCAAAUUCAUUUCAGUCUUACUCAGUCAAUAUUAAAGAUAUCAAGGUUAUAUGUUCUUCACAUUAUGUAGGAUGAUUUUAUGUAGAAAACAGUAAAUCACUUGAAGGAAAACACCACCGGUUUUUAAUAUUUUACUAUGUUCUUACCUCAAUUUAGACUAAUUAAUAUAUGAAGAGUUUCGUUGCAAAACGAGAUAACUCCGUUUUCUUUCCAGGAAUCUCGUUUUUUGGUUGUGCAUUUAAUAUCAAUUCAACUGCAGUUGUUUUGUUUUGAUUUAAACCUUCAUAACUUAAAAAUACAGCUAAGUAGCACCAUAAAACAAAAUAAUAACAUGAUAACAUAAUAAUAAACAUGUUUUGACAAAAAUUUUAAAUACGGAGUUAUCUCGUUUUGCAACGAAACUCUUCAUAUACCUAUCUUUAUUAAAUGCGUGCACUUAAUCUUUGUACAUCGUGAAUGUGUUAGCAUUCAGCCUAGCCCCAUUCAUUUGUUAUGCAGGGUUCACACCAAAUGCGGUAGAGGCGGCAAGCACGAGUGAUUUACAUGUUAAGUCAAUGCAAAGAUGCGAUUAGGAAUCCUGCGGCUUACCGCAGGUACCACGCCGCAGGAUGCCUAAUUGAGCGUUGCCAUUGGAAUCGCGCGAGUUGAAAAAUCUGAACUUCUGAACCAAUCAGGGGUGCGUUUCCCAAAAGCUUUGUUAGCCAAUGAAAAUCGUAAGUUCCAUCGUUACUAACAUCGAUUUGGUGUUUCCCGAAACCAUCGUUCAAACGAACAUUCGCAAACUGCAUCGCUAACUUGUGUCUUUGGAACGACAGCUCUUGACCUGUCGUUAGAAGCAUCGUUCCUUGUUAUUAUCAUAUGUAGACUUACGUUGAUCAUGCUUUUGAACAAAAUAAGCAAAAAACAUGUAGUACAGUCUAUAUCCAUCAUUCGAAAUAUAUACAAAUUUUAUUUUACGUCUUUAAAUUUGUAAACAGAAUGAAAGCGCUGCAUUUGAAAAUUGCGCAUAUGCGCUGUCUACGAGCUUUAAGACCCUGGGGAAUCCCUGGGAGGAGUGAAGUAAGAGGGAACUUGCGCGUGAAUUAAAUAUCUUGAAAAUAAACAAUAGAUAACUAAAUCACGAUAACAACGUCUUCCGAUGCAAUAUAUGUUAUUUACAGCAAUAAUCUGACAUUAAAUUGAUUUGCGCAGAUUAAUUAGUACUUCACCUCCCAUGUGACAUCAUCAACUAUGUUGUUAAACCAACAUCGUUCAAACGACGAAUGUGCGACAAAGUUACUAUGCUUUCGGGAAACAGUCGUGACAAGGUAGUUUGUUUCUCCAGAGAGGCAUCGUACUAUGGUCGUUCAGCAACGAGUUACGUCGUUGUUUGGGAAACGCACCCCUGGACCUUGCUGUAGUAGUUACAUGAUUACAGGAAACGAGUAGAGUAGCAGAGUCUCAGCGGAGUCGCAGAAGCCCCUCCCAUGACGCAAAUUUUAGCAUAAAUGUCUCGAAUGACUAGAAUUUAAUGCGCUGCUUUCACGCGCGAAUGAAGCGAGUGAACUCAAAUGUUCAAGCGUCCCACUAUGCAAAAAGCACGUUUUUGUCGCCUCUACCGUGGCUGGUGGGAAUGCGCCAUUAGGAUCCAAACUUAGUUUGCAGGCCUUUGACCUCGCCGUGCACUAACAUCAUUACUCCUUACUACUCUCCCUUCGCUCAAACUUCUACAAUAUUACUGCGGCCGAGGUCAAAGUGCUGCAAACUAAGUGCACUUCCGCCAUACAAUAUAGAUCUCUUUUUUAAUCUGCUUAAAAAAUUUUGUGCGCCCAUACUCACUUGUGUAACUACUCAUGUAACAGUCUUUAAAUAGGGAAAACAUGUGGCUUCUAAAUUCAUCCAUGUUUGGAUCCUAAGGAAUGAAUGGAGCUAGGCUAAAUGCUAACACAUUCACGACGCGCUGUAAAAAGAUUAAGUGCACGCAUUGAAUAAAAAUAGGUAUGUAUUCAUUUGUUUAAGUUGAGGUAAGAACAUAGGAAAAUAUUGAAAAACGGUGGUGUUUUCCUUUAAAAUACUUCAGCUGGGUUUUCACAGACUGGGUCACAUAUUUGGUCCCAAUUAUGCCCAAAAAGUUGACUUGAAAACAGCAUAAUUAUUUUAUGCAUAAUGACAAAUAUUUUAUCAAGUUGUGUGCUAAAACAUUUUUACUGUAUGUAUUUCACUGGUGCUUUUAUAAAGAUCUCUUGAAACCUGAGAUCUCAUUUCAUGUAUUUGUAUUGCUGCACAAUGCAUUUUUAUUUAAGGAAAAAUUACAUUUUUAUACAAACUUUUAUUUGGGUGCAUUGAACGAAAAGGUCAACUAUGAUACUCAAUUACUUUAUUUAUAGGUCUAAUGAACCUAUUGGCUUAAGUAAAACUUGAGGUUUACAGUAUAAAUUUGGUUUAAAGUGAACAUCAUUUUUUUCAACUCUUCUUUAAGGUGCUAAAGAGUGUACGUCAGUGUUUAAAACCAUUGUACACUCAAAAUGCUGUCCGUAUAGGCACUUGAAACAACAUCUUUUCAUAUAAGUUGUGAGAAAUUGAACACAUCAGUUAGUACUCUAGUUGCAGAGGUAGAUAAGCUCUAUGAUAACCCAAUGUGAACCUACAUUAUGUUUUGGGCAACUUGAAGUCACAGAGUGGCAUGGGUAAAUGCACGUUACUUUUUCUGAACAACAAAACUAUUGUUUUGUGUAAAACCAUAAUGUGUAACAAAACCGGAUUAUUAUGUAGCCCUGAGUGUUAAUAUAGCUCAGGGUGAUUGUUUCAACUCUCAUAAGUGGUGCUUGUGCAUAGUACCGGAUAAGCAUGCAUUGACAAAUCUCACGUAGGUGCUACACUAGUUUGAAUUAUGUGCUAUUUGGGGAAUGUUUUACUUAUCUUACACAUUAUCAGAUGGUGGUUGUUAACUGUGCACCACAAAUAAUACUAUGACCUCCACAUUGUAAUUGAUUAAAAUUGAAUAUUACUAUCUGGUGGGUCCAUUGAACUUUUACUAGAGAAUUACCAAUGCAAUUUGUUUCAAAGAUCGCACGUUUUAUGCAUUGUUUUAAGAUAUUGUUUUCCAUGAAUUUGUUUUGUACUGUCACUGUUCAAAAUUAUUUGUUUAAAUCUGAUUAUUUGUUUGUAGGCCAAUCUGGAAGGCUAAUCUGCUAUUCAUUACCCCGAGAAUGUUUGUUGUUUUUGUUUUGUUUUGUUAUUUUCAGUUUAUAAGUACAUCAUUUGAAAAGAUUUUCUUCAUUUUGUUUUACAAUAUAAGUAACAGAGUCAUAGAAUUUUGGUUGUGUGCUUUAAAAAAGUUUACAAUACAAAGUAAUGAACAUCAGACAUCCAUUGUGGUCCUCUUUUAUAUUUACUCAUAUUCAUUUUGCAAACGGGUCAAUGACAUGACAUGCAUAUUUUUGUGUCUGAGGGCAUUAUGUACUGUAAAAAAUUAUUUGAUACAUGUAUGACAUGUCUCACUUUAUUCUAUAAAACCCAUUUAGUUUAAUUUAGUUUAAAUUUUCUUAUUUUUAAAAAAUAAAUGCACAUUUUUGCUCAAACUAUCUAUACAAAUUAACAGUUUGAGACAACUAUUAAAAAUUGUGUUUACAUUUUUAAAAAUUAAAAAAAAUACUUUGGCAUUUUAUGUUCGAAACUUUCCUAUAAACUAGGGAUGCACCGAUAGGAUUUUUUUAGGCCGAUAACGAUACAGAUUUAAACAGACAACUUCUGGCCGAUACCGAUAUUAAACACUUGUAUAUACAGUUGGUCUAUAAGCUAGUUUAUUUCUGCAUCAAAUUAUUUUUACUGAAUAUGGAUUGGAUCUAAUUAACAUUCAACUGACCAACAUAAUAAGAGAGGCACAAAUUAAGCUAAAACAAAUCUAAUAAGACAGCAUGACAACCUUCAAAGGUGGUUUUUGCUAUUCAGCAUUUAUUUUAUUAACUCAUUUUUUACAUAUAAUGGAUUUCUUUAUGCAGUUAAUUAAUAAACAAUCGGUAUCGGCCUUUCUCGUCCUAUUGCCGAUAUGCCGAUGGUUUCAAACUCAUCAAAAAUCGGACGAUAAAUAUCGGCGGCCGAUACAUCGGUGCAUCACUACUAUAAACCAAUUUUACCAAUAUCAAUAGUUGUUGGUAUGUUAAGAUAAUUGAAAAACGUUUGUCCAACAAUUUGGGUGUUCUCAAAUGUCAAGGUAGUACAACCGCAAUCAUUUUAUUCACCUUUUAAUAAGAAGUAACAAAUAUAAACAGUAAUCAUGUUAUCACCCAGUGAACCACAAAAGGUCUUUAUAGCUGAAUGAAAGUUUGUAGAUUUAGUCUCAAAUACAAAAAAAUAGCUACUUUAAUGUAAUGUGUGGGCUGGUACACGUUCUGUGUCAGGUGGUACAACCAAUGCAAAACUAGAAAAAUGCUAUUUAAUCAAACAUUUUAAUUAUAUAAAAAAAAAGGAUAUUUAUGAACUUGACAUCACAGGCAAAAGCUACCAGCAUCCAUGUAGAGGU